AUUGCUUUUUCGAUUAAAAACAGACACAGUCUGAUGGUGAAAAACACGCAUACUAGACAGUUAAAAUCACAAAGAACUGACGGUGUUUAAAUGGAGGCUACGAAAUGCUGACGGCUUGCAACACAAUGAACUAUCCGAACAAGGUCAACCUAAAAGGGUUUGUGUAAGUCGGUGAAAUCGGACUGAUUUGAGAGAAUGGAAAACAAAUGCGCCGCUGUGAGCCCUAACGGCAAUGUCACCUCAGACAAUAACUGUCGCGUUCAGGCAUCCUAAAGUCGAAAUAGAGACUUUAAUCUUCGCGAACGCAACUGUCUUCGCUGACAGCCAUUUCUGCUCAGGCUCACAGAUCCGUAGAAAGCGACGAGGCUGAUUCAAACGAUCGCAAUCAGAAACGACGUGCGGGAGAAGUUCAAAAGAGCGAGUGAAAGAUUUAUUGUGCUCACAAUCGACGUUCAUACAUCUGCCCUGUCAAGACUCCCGAGAUUUCAACGCUUGUAGUCGAAACAUCGCACAAAGCCUUACGUAAGGGAUCCAAUCUACAAGGCAGUGUUCCCCUCAUCAGCCGCGGAAAGAAAGUAAUGUUAACGUUAGCCGAGUCUUUUCGCGAAUUCCAACGCAACAUCAGAUGAAGCCUGAAGUUGGUCAAUCUUGCUGCAUCGGCUAAUAAAGACAAUCAGAGACUCCCCCCGCUGUUUAGACGCGCUAUUAACGUCGAAAAUAAGCAGAUUUCUUUGUAGAAAGGGAGGCAUGGACGGAGACAAAAGAGCAACUUCUGAAAGGAUUCUUCUGGAACCGUACAAGUACUUGUUACAGCUGCCAGGAAAACAAGUCCGAACAAAACUCUCGCAAGCGUUCAACCACUGGCUCAACGUCCCAGAGGACAAGCUUCAGGUGAUCAUCGAGGUUACGGAGAUGCUGCACAACGCCAGUCUGCUGAUCGAUGACAUUGAAGACAGCUCUAAUCUGCGGCGUGGUUUCCCGGUGGCCCACAGCAUCUACGGUGUGCCGUCGGUCAUCAACUCUGCCAACUACGUCUACUUCAUGGGUUUGGAGAAGGUGCUGACGCUGGAGCACCCCGAGGCCGUGCACGUCUUCACCCGUCAGCUGCUGGAGCUGCACCGCGGUCAGGGACUGGACAUCCACUGGAGAGACACCUACACCUGCCCCAGCGAGGAUGAGUACCGUGGCAUGGUGCUGCAGAAGACCGGCGGCCUCUUCGGCCUCGCCGUGGGCCUCAUGCAGCUCUUCUCCCACUGGAAAACAGACCUAAAGCUGCUUUUAGACACCCUGGGGCUCUUCUUCCAGAUCCGGGAUGACUACGCCAACCUGAACUCGACGGAGUACAGUGAAAACAAGAGCUUCUGUGAGGAUCUGACGGAGGGCAAGUUCUCCUUCCCCACCAUUCACGCCAUCUGGUCACAUCCCGAGAGCACACAGGUACAGAACAUCCUCCGGCAGCGCACGGAGAACGUGGAUAUCAAGCGCUACUGCGUGGAUUAUCUGGAGAAGGUGGGCUCUUUCGCUUACACCCGUCAGACGCUGCUGGAUCUGCAAGCCGAAGCCUAUCGCUUGAUCGCGGAGCUCGGAGGGAAUCCAGAGCUAGAGGCUCUGCUGCAGCAUCUGAGUCGCAUUUAUAAAGAGCCUGGGGGUGGAGCUUCGGCCAGCCAAUCGAGAGAGCCUGGGGGCGGGGCUUCGAAACAAUAACUCUGCUCUGAGAUUAAACUGUACUGUUACUUUGACUAC